ACGGAUGCUGCACCUUGGUCUGGAGGGGGCGCUCGUCUGCCUAGCCCGGGGUCAGACCCCUGCAGAGACACGCCAGGGGUCAAGGGCCUGGCCAGGGCUGGAAUUAGCCAAAGGUUUUGGGAAACUAAAACCCAAGUCAGAUCCCCAAGGACAAAGAUGGGCUCCAUCAAAGCUGCCCGGAGCUGGUCCAACCCUACGAGCUCGGGGCCGGCGGGUCCAACAAACUUUGGUGUAGCAGAGAGGCGGAGAUGGUUGGAGGUUGGUCCCGCGAGCCGCUGCUCUCCUCCACCUGCUCCGGCUCUGCCUCCGCCCAGCCCUCACCCACCGCACUCCCCCACCCCUCGCCAUCAGACUCCUCAUCUCUCCUCUCCCUCCUUCUUCUCCCCCCUUGUCUGACUCCCCCACUUUCCUCCAGGCUCUUCUUUUGUAUUCUCUCUUCCCUCGCCGCCCCGCUUGCCUCUCGCCUCCUCGGGGCCGCAGGGGAGGAGGCGAGCACGCUGCGCCCUGGGCCCGCGCGCCGCGCAGGGAGGCGCAUCUCGCACUUCUCCCGGGGAAUUUGGAGAGUGUCUGUGUGUGUGCGCGCGCGCGUGAGCUGGAGGCGAAAGCUGGUAGGAUCUAGCGGCGAGCAGAGGGGUCAGGGUUUUUGACGUUCCUCGCCCGCUGCACAAACCUCGCGGAGCAAGAGUGUCUGAGUGUGCGCGCGCGUACACGGGCUGGCUGCCCCUGGCACGCUCGGUGGCCCGGGGCCCCGGGGCCCGCGGUCCCCUCUGGCGGCCCGGGAUUACCGUGACGUCACAUUGAGCCUCUGGCCACCUUGGACUGGGACACCUCUGGAGCCUCAUAGCUCUGCGCCGCGCCGCACCUCACCUCGCCAUCGCGCGCCUUUGAUACCCUGCACCUUCUUCCUAACUCUGCCGAUCCAUGGGCCCCUCUGCCUUCAGGACCCCACCGGCCGCAGGGGUGCCUUCCCAAGCUCAGGGCUCGGCAGCUGGGCUGCCUCCAUUCCCUCUUAGCGGGCCAAGGAACUGGCGCCGAACACCUGCAGCCCUGUAAGGAAACCAGAAGCCGCUCGGCUGGGGUCAUCGAACAGCUGAACUGAGCGAACGACUCAGAAGAAAAGAGGGAGAGCCGUCCCAGACGGCCAGCUGCUAUGGCCUUCCCGCCCUUUGGACACCCGUAUGGCGGCGCAUCCCAGUUUCUGGUGUCUGCAAGUUCCAGUGCCACUUGCUGUGAAACUGCCCCACGAUCAGUGUCAGAUGUGGCCUCCGCCUCCACCUCUGCCUCUGCUCUUUGCUGUACACCCUAUGACAGUCGGCUGCUGGGCAGUGCUCGGCCAGAGCUGGGUGCUGCCUUGGGCAUCUAUGGAGCACCCUAUGCAGCUGCCCAGAGCUACCCUGGGUACCUGCCCUAUGGCCCAGAGCCAUCCCCACUGUGUGGUGCACUGAGUCCUCAGUAUGAGUUUAAGGAUCCUGCAGGAAACUUUACCCCCAGCCUGACCCAGCCAGGGGCCUAUUACCCCUAUGAGCCAACUCUGGGGCAGUACCAGUAUGACAGGUAUGCUGGAGUGGAGUUGAGCAGUGCUGGCCGCAGGAAGAACGCCACCAGAGAGAGCACCAGUGCACUCAAGGCCUGGCUCCACGAGCACCGCAAGAACCCGUACCCCACCAAGGGCGAGAAGAUCAUGCUGGCCAUCAUCACCAAGAUGACCCUCACCCAGGUGUCCACCUGGUUCGCCAACGCGCGCCGGCGCCUCAAGAAGGAGAACAAGAUGACGUGGGCGCCCAAGAACAAAGGUGGGGAGGAGAGGAAAGGCGAAGGUGCCGGAGAAGACUCUCUGGGCUGCCUGGCCGAAGACACCAAAGACGCUACUGCCAGCCAGGAGGCCCAGGGGCUGCGACUGAGUGACCUAGAAGACCUGGAGGAAGAGGAGGACGAGGAGGAAGCAGAAGAAGAGGAGGCAGCGGUCUCAGCAUCCCGCAGGCUGGCGGAUUUUCCGAAGAGCGUGCGGUCCCUGCCUGCGCCCUGUGCCGCUCAAGAGAGCCGUUUGGAGAGCAGAGAGUGCGGCCUGGCGGUACCCCGCUUCUCCUUCACUGAGGCUCCGCGGUCAAGAGAAGCUGACUUCAUUACAACAGAGCCAAGUGGCCCCACAAUGAUCGUGCACUACCCAAGCGGCCAGAAACCCCGAAUCUGGUCCUUGGCUCACACUGCAGCAGCCAGCGCUGUCGAAAGUGCUCCCUCAACCCCUCCCAGGGCACAAAGUCCCGAGUGCCACAUGAUUCCCAGACAGCCCAUCUCCAUCAGGCGACUCCUGGUCCCCAGAGACUCCGAAGUCGAAGAGGAUUCUCUUGCUGCCAAAGCCUUUGGAAACUCCACGUUCGCCCUGCAGGGGCUGCCACUGAACUGUGCGCCUUGCCCUAGGCGGAGGGAGCCUGAAGUGCGGUUCCAGUACCCGUCUGGAGCAGAAGCAGGUUAGCGCAAUGGCUGUGGUUUGCAGAAUAAUUUUGGAAACGGCUGCUUCUGGAUUCACCGUCAUAUUAAGAAGCUUCCAGGCCUCGGCAGGGACCAGGAGUUCUCACUUUGCUCAAGACAAACACACAGAACCAUCCUAGCAGCUAUCCGUGCACGCAGGGGUGGGGCUGGCCAGGCAGACAUGCACCAUGUCAGACUUGAAGGGGAGAUGGGAGGCACCUUGAGGAAAGCCCAGUGGAUGACCAGCAUAUUUUGACCAAGUCUCUCUUCCUCCUCUGGAUGGGGGGCCUGAAGAACAUCUCCUCCUGCUCACCCACCCUUACCCAGCCUGCUCACUUUGUAACUUCCUUGUUGAUAUGGUCUCUAAAGACUAUCUGUGUCUCCUUCCCCUUUCCAGGCUAUAACUUCAAAAAUAACCUAGCUGAACCCAAGGUGUGCAGCCUGUCAAUGCCAGGGACUCUGGGAGAAGUCUGGUAGAGCAGGAAUGGGGCACCGAAUUGCCACAAAGGCUUCUGGGGACAGAGUUUGGGGCUGCAGACCUGAGUUCUGUAGCAGAGAGAGAAACCGAGGAAGCCACACACACCAUGCCCAGGACAGGGUGACCCCCAAACUGCACAAGCUAGUAGCUGAAUAGCAGAGUGACACCAGAAUAUUUGUUGAGGAGCAAGGUUUGUUCCCUGGUGGUACUGGGAUUAUAAACGUAUUAUGUCGAUCCAUGAAGGGAAACUUGAGAGCCCCCUCCACCCACUGCUUGCUUCCACAGAGCCCAACAAUGAAGUAGGGCAGUUUUGAGGUGUUGGUAGAGACCACAGAGGGCAUUUUUUCUGUUUAAUCUUAAGUGUCAGCAAACCCUUCCAGUACAGGCCAACCAGUGAGAGCUGAAGGUCCAGGCAGGGACUUUGUGUCCUUGUCCCUUUGGGAGUCUGUCUGGAGUUGGGUGAGAGGUUUGAAGAUGCCCACAGAACGCAGGCUGGAUGAGGUUGCCUGAGGCCAGUUCCCAGCUCCAGGGGACUGGACUUCAGUCAAUGAGUAAACUCACAGCUUCCUACAUUGGCAGUGAACCCGGCAAAGCCUAGGAGGGAGCCCUGGGAAGCCAUAGGAACUAGGAAGGAGAGUUGGUGUGCAUCUGAGCACCUCAUCCUACAUUCAGUCUCCUCCUGGGCUGGACCGCCCAGCGGUGAGACCCGCCCCUGUUGGUGGACGCCCUCCAGAUCAGCGUGGGGGACGGAAGGAUGAGGGAGGCAGAAGCAUCCGAUUUUUAAAGCCUUGGAAGGUGCGGAGAGAAAAGAGAUUUGGACAUUAGGGGAACUAUAGAA